AUGUCACACCCACAAACGGAACGCAGAGAAAAUCAAUUCCGCCGAUUGCCCCAAGAACUGUUUGACGCUAUCGCAAAUGAGACUCCUCCGAAUGUCACCAAGCAAAUUGCGAAUGCAAGCUCGAAGCACGAAUGUGCCGACAACAUACUAUGGAGGACUAUUUUCGCCUCAGACGAAUGGAUCAAUCUAGCUGAAAAACUCUUGAAAGAAUCACCAUAUGUAAAGGCCCCAGGCCCGAUUCUUAUUGGCAAAGAUCUAUCAAGCAUCGGCAAUCCAAAUCACAAUAACCAGAAACAUCAUCAAAUUCUCUUAGCGCCCAACGAUUGGACAGGUGACCUACGCUAUCACCGGGAGACUUUUUUCAAUUCACUCAGAACCGACUACCGGUAUCGUCAGAAAGAACAAAAGGUGAUCUUUCCUCAGACAACUCUGAAAACAUCCCCCGGUGGCGAGUGUUUGUCUGUUCCAGGAAUUACUCUGUACAUCGAAAGCCUUGACUCGGCGGAAACGAUCAAGCUUCCUAGAAAAGAGCUUAAACGACUUUUCGACAAGAAGCUCAUACGAACCCAAUAUAGCACAUCUUCGCUAAAGAAGGUGCAGGCCAUCAACAUUUCAGAUGUCUGCGGACUCCUCGGCAAGAGACUGUCCACGCCAGCUGACUUGAGUCCAAUUUGCGGCUUAACGUUCAAGACCAGCAUCGGUCCCUGGCAGCUGAUAUUCAUCACUCCAGAGGCCGAUAAAUACGAGCUCAAACCUAUUGGUCCGAAUGGAGGCUCUGUUCCCGCCGUGACUGGUUGGGAAGGUGUCCGCAAAAACGCUGGAAGAUGGUGGCUGUGA